CACGUUGAGACAACCGUCUUUCUCUUCAUCAUUUCAACACAUCCGUUCUUCUUUUUAUUCUCUCUCACACACUAACACACACCGUUGUCAAUUCUAGUGAGAGAAAGCUUCAUUUCUUGCUGUUAUGGCCGGACGGAAGAGACGGAGACUCAAAUUGUUAACGGCAAGUUAUAAAGACGAUACAAGAAUUUCAAAACAGGGAGAUGCAGAGCAGAACGAACAAGAAGCAUGGUCAUUCCUUCCGGUUGAACUCCUUGAAUUUAUAAUUUCACAGUUAACAUUGAAAGACAAUAUUCGAACGUCAGCAGUUUGCAAAACAUGGUUUUCGGUUGCUUUGUCGGUCAGAGUGGUCAACAAGCCACCAUGGCUUAUGUACUUCCCAAAACUCGGUAACCGUUUCGAGUUUUAUGACCCGUCAAAACGUAAAACAUACUCUUUGGAAUUACCCGAGUUACACGGCUGCAGAAUUUGUUACAAUAAAGACGGUUGGUUAUUGCUAUACAAGCCAAGAACACAACGGGUCCUAUUUUUCAACCCGUUUACACGAGAAAUGAUUAAAUUACCACGAUUUGAAAUGACUUACCAAAUAGUCGCGUUUUCAAGUUCCCCUAAAUCUCCCAACUGUAUAGUUUUUACAGUUAAACAUGUUAGUCCAACUGUCGUUGCUAUUAGCACGUGUUAUCCCGGAGCAACAGUUUGGACUACGGUUAAUUACCAUAACCGAUUGCCGUUCGUAAGCAGUAUAUGGAAUAAGCUUGUGUUCUGUCACGGGCUUUUCUAUUGUUUAAGUUUAACGGGCUGGCUUGGAGUUUAUGACCCGCUUGAGCUCACUUGGAGUAUCCGUGUUGUACCUCCGCCCCGUUGUCCCGAUAAUUUCUUCGUUAAAAAUUGGUGGAAGGGGAAGUUUAUGGCGGAGCAUAAAGGAGAUAUUUUUGUUAUCUACACUUGUUAUAGUGAAAACCCGAUUAUUUAUAAACUCGAUCAGGUGAAUAAAGAAUGGGUUGAAAUGAAAACACUUGAAGGCGUGACGUUAUUCGCUAGCUUUUUGUCGUCACAUGCAAGAACCGAUCUUUUGGGGAUGAUGAGGAAUAGCGUUUAUUUUUCUAAAGUUCGGUUUUAUGGAAAAAGGUGUAUUUCAUACUCUUUAGAUCACCGUAGAUACUACCCACGAAAGCAGUGUCAUGAUUGGGGCGAACAAGAUCCGUUUGAGAGCAUAUGGGUCGAACCGCCCGAAGAUGUCUCAACAUUUAGCUGGGAAGAUUAAGUUAUGUAGCAGUUUCUAGCUGAAAGAUGAUGGAUCCAGAGUGGAGUGCUUCUGAAUAAAACCACCAGAAGUUUGGCUUUGGUCUCUUUAGACUGAAUAAAUGUCAAAUAUGUUGUGAGGAAUAACAUGAAUAAUUAUGUAUUUUAGGAUAUUGAGUUAUGAUCCAAGCACACACUGCAGGAUUACUAGUAGAUAGUGAAUUAUGUAAUAGUCACGUUAGUUGAAUAAUCUAGUCCUAACUAUUCAUAUAUGUUAUGUUUAAUUGUCGUUUUUA